ACUAGGAAAGAUGUCAGAGAUCGCCAUACGCGCCUUAACGUCGGCGGACUUCGAGGAGGUCGAGGCCUUUCUCGCCGUGCACUUCUUCAAGCAGGAGCCACUGAUGCUGAUCCCGCAACCAGACUCCGCCCAGAGUGAGGUGAUUCCAGCAGAGUCGGAGCUUCACCGAUCCCUCUUAGCACAGGGUCUCUCGCUGGCGGCCAUCGAUCGAAGCAACGGAGACCGCAUCGUGGGCGUGGUCCUGGCCGGCGAAAUGGUGCCCGAGGAUCUGGAGCGAGAGUUCCAGGAGGUCGAGCAAAAGGAGGUCAAGUGUCUGCUGGACAAGAUCCACAAGUUUCUGGCCGGCAUCGAGAGGCGAGCCAAUAUCUUCAAGCAUUUUGGAGUUGAGCGGGCCCUGUAUCUCUAUAUGCUCGGUGUGGACACCUCAGUGAGGCGCCAGGGAGUGGGUUCCCGGCUUGUGGCCGCCACCAUCGAGUUGGGUCGAGAGCAGGGAUUCCCCGUGAUGGCCUCCACCUGCACUAACCUGCACUCCACGCGCCUCAUGACCGCCCUGCACAUGGAGUGUGUACUCUCGCAGAAUUAUGCCGACUACAAGGACGAGCAUGGCGAAGUCAUCCUGCGGCCAGCCGACCCACACACCAAGGCCAGUGUUGUGGGCAUCCGCCUGUAGGGAAAGUAGGGAAAACCCACCAAAGAACACACAUAGCUAAAUAGGUAAUAGAAUGGAGUUUAGAUAGAGUUAUAUCUUAGGAAAGUUAUAAUAAUUCCUAGCACAAAGAAUAAAUUUGUUAGAGGUAUUUUUAAAAAGUAAAAGAUAUUUUGUAUUUAAAAUUUUAGUGUAUUUUUAAAUAAUAUAAUGCCACAAAGAUUUCUUCUUAUCAGGCACUUUGAUAAGCUUUUGACUAGGGCAACACCAACUAUACAUAUUUGUUUAUUUAUAAAAAGUUUGUUUUGAAGAAAAAAGAAGAUUGCGGUAAGGAAAUCAUUAAAUCAGUAUAUAUCGACAUGUU